GCUUUCGAGUACAGGUUCUCCGGUAACGUGAAAACCUCAGGGAGGGCUGUACUCUCCAGUUUAUCCAAUCGACUGUCAGAUGACAUUUUUAAAACCAUAAAUGUGCCAAUAAGAAAAAAUGAUGAAAACAUUUCCUAUUUGUAAUUGGUUUGUUUCAUUUCUUGUUUUCAAGAAAGCAACCACACAUGGCAGGUGGUUGGUUUCUGAAAACAAAUAAAAUCACUUAGGCAAAAAGAAUAUUUGUCGAGUUCUCCUUGCGCAGGUUAAAGCAGCGGCACAAUUACUCUGCUUGCAUUGUUCAGUGAUCUUUCUUGGUAGAGGCGGUGGAGAGAUUCAGCAGCAGCAGCAGCAGAUGCAGAACGGUUUUGCUGCAUUACAUCGCGCCGAGGCAGUCGGUGGGUCGGGGCGGCCGUGCUGAGCGCGGCUCCAGGACGAAGCUCAGGUCACCGAGCAACCGCCGGUCGCGGGCCCGUGUACUUCAGCUCCGUCCUUCUCAGGCCGGAGAUGAAGUGUUUUGAAAGAGGCGGCGAGAAAUGAGGAAGCGUUGUUCUAAAGAGGAAAAGAGAAAAAAGAAGAAAGGGGAAGGCCUUGAUGUGUAGGCCGUGCCUGGCCCUGUCGCCCAUGGGCUUUCUCAGAUAGGCGCCGCCGGCAUCCGAGCAGGAGGGAGAUUCCGCAACAGGAGAGAAGAGAGAGAGAGAGAAGAAAACACCCCAUCAGGAGGCAGCGCACCCAUGAUGGGACUGGGAGGAAGCGGCUGCGUCCAGGUGUCGGUGACCGAGAUUGACGCGGACUCGAGUUCGCUGGGAAAGCGAGAUACCUGAAGCUGUAUCAGCGCGAAGGCAAGCGGUUGCUGGAGGAGUGAACGAGGUGUGUGUGGGACCCGGUCCGACCCGGCUUCCUCGAGUCGCCCCCUCUCAUGUCAAAUGCCUCAGCCCUUUCCCCUUUAUUAACCCCAUUCUUUCUACUUUGUUUCCCCCAGCGUCCGUGUGUUCCGAGAAGCCGUUCCGUUCCCGGUUCAAUGGCAGUAUGUUAUCAGUACCAGUUACCGGUGCUGCCUCUCGACAGGCCGGUACCCAAGCACGUCCUGAGCCGCCGAGGGGCCAUCAGCUUCAGCUCCAGCUCGUCCCUUUUCGGCUGCGCCAACCCGAGACUCCUGUCACAGACCUUCACAAACUCUUCUAACCUUUGGAUCCCUUCAUCUGGGUGGGAAGAACGAUUCUUGGAGAGACGGGGGGCAAUAUCGUAUGAAAGCUCAGACCAGACUGCUCUGUACAUUCGUAUGUUAGGGGAUGUACGAGUGAGGAGCCGGGCAGGAUUUCAACCAGAAAGAAGGGACUCUCAUCCUUACAUUGAUUUCCGCCUUUUGCACUUACCACCUGAAACCGGAGAAUUGGCUUCAGUAAGGAAGAUAAGAAGGUUGUUAAGUUUUCAAAGAUAUUUUCGAUCAGCUCAUUUAUUUCGUGAUGUUUCUUCUCUGAACUCUCUCUGCAUACUAGAUGAUGACUAUGGUGGCCAAGCCCUGUGUAUGCUAGAAAAGAAUGGAAAUUGGAAUUUUGACAUCUUUCUUUUUGACAGAUUAACAAACGGAAAUAGUCUAGUUACUUUGGCCUUUCAUCUGUUUAAAUACCAUGGACUUAUAGAGCAUUUCAAAUUAGAUUUGGUUAAACUACGUCGAUUUUUAGUUAUGGUUCAGGAGGACUACCACCGUAACAACCCUUAUCACAAUGCAGUACAUGCUGCUGAUGUAACUCAGGCCAUGCACUGUUACCUGAAGGAAGCAAAGUUUGCAGCGUCUGUUUCGCCAUGGGAUAUUCUGGUGGGUUUGCUGGCAGCUGCCACACAUGACAUGGAUCACCCUGGUGUUAACCAGCCUUUCCUAAUCAAAACCAGUCACCACCUAGCAAAUUUAUAUAAGAAUACAUCGGUGUUAGAAAACCAUCACUGGAGGUCAGCAGUGUGCGUUCUUCAUGAAUCAAAAUUAUUUUCACAUUUUUCAGUUGAGGAAAGCUACCAAAUGGAAAGACAGUUGGGUUCCUUAAUUCUAGCUACGGACAUAAGUCGCCAGAAUGAGUUUCUAUCACAAUUACGAACUCAUUUGGACAUGAGUGACUUAUAUUUAAAUGAUGCCAGCCAUCGACAUUUCAUGCUGCAGAUAGCACUGAAAUGUGCAGAUAUCAGUAACCCAUGCCGGACUUGGGAACUGAGUAAACAAUGGAGUGAAAAAGUAUCCCAAGAAUUCUUCCAUCAAGGGGAUAUUGAAAGAAGAUAUAAACUAGAUAUAAGUAAGCUAUGUGAUCGCCACACAGAAACUGUUGCCAACAUUCAAAUAGGUUUCAUAACUUAUGUAGUGAAGCCUCUUUUUGUGGAAUGGUCCCGCUUCACCAACAGCACACUGUCACAGACAAUGCUUGGACAUCUUAGUUUGAAUAAUGCUAGCUGGAAGGGAUUACUACAAGAACAGACCCAGAGUAGAGAAGAUACUAACUCGGUUUGCCGGGAAAAGGACUGAUUUAUACCUCAGGAAAGCUGAGAAUGAUUUCAUCUCACUGACUCCUCUCAUUCUGAGGGAGAUGGACAAUGAAUUUUCAGCCUAAUAAGCUGAAGGCAAAUGGGAUAAUUAUUUUGGUUGAAAUAUACUUGUAGACACUGACUGCCACAGUUGUAUGCGUAGUCAUGUUGACAUUAAUGUAAUUGAAUGCUUUCUUCAAAGCAUCAUGUUGCUUUUUUUUUGCUCCUAGCAAGACCUGAACAUAAGCAAUACACAAAUACCUCAGUUGGCUUUUGUGAGACAUUGAGCACAUAUACUGCAGUGGUGGCUACACUGAACAGAAUGGGAAAAGGAAGGUGGCAGUGUCCCAAGAAGUGCCAUUUAUUAAUGGUUAGUUUGAAUACUGUAAUACAGAUUGAUACUUGCAAUUUCUGCACUUGGGGUUUUCUGUGUUUUUUUUUUUAAAGGCUAAAAUAUGAACUUAAUGAAAAUAUUCUUUUGUUGGUACAAGAAGAGCUUUUAUACUCUUCCCACCAUUUGAAUGACUGAAUGCAUGCAAAGAAGCCAGUCCUUUUCUGCCUCAGAGAUUUGUUUACAAUGCUGUAUUUUUGAUACUUUGGUUCUGGUUCUUGCCUUGAAGCAUAGUGAAAAAAGGAACCACUAAUUUGGGAAAUGCUCGUUGGUAAGAAGAUAGAACAAAAUAUGCUGCAGUUUGUUUUUAAUCUUUUGUGAUGCCAUUUAAGUUUCCAUGGAAGCCUCUUCUGCCAUGGUGUUCCUUUAGUGCACUGUGAAUCUAGCCUUCAUCUCUGGUCAUAGCCAAGCUUAUAUAGCAACAAAGUGCUGCUGGCCUUUGCCUUUUUAGGGGAGACUUAAAGAAACAACUUAAAAACAGAUUAAUGGUGAAGUCAAAAGUAGUUUACAUGUAUGAACUGCACUUAUGAUAACGACAGUAGUUUAUAAUAAAGAUCAACUCAAGAUAUCUGUCUGCCUGAACCAAGUGAUAAUGGCAUGUCUGGAAUCUGCACAUCAGAGCAUACUGCCACCUUCACCAUUGUUUUCUUCAAAAUGUGAAAAUAUGCAUGAAUUAAACAGCCAGAUUGAAGAAAAAAUGCUAAAAUGCCUUAAAACUAUGCACAAAGCUAAGUGACCAAAUCUGUUUUUAUUUUUAAAGAAGUGCAUUGUUCCUCGACCUUUUGCGAGUGAAUUGUUACUCCCCUGUGGGCCUUGUCUGAUGUGGAAAAAAAUAAACCCUUUGUAGGAUAAUAAAAUGUUCUUUUAAAUUUCAAACAUUCCAUUUUGUAUUUUACAAUGUUUUAAAUAGUUGAUUAUGUACAGUAAGCACAACUAUCUUAAGUUUGGCAUUUUCCAAUGAAACAAAUUGGUGCUUUUCUCUUUAGUUUUCUUGUAUUUCAGGACUGUUUAAGGAAAUUCUGUUUACAAUUUGUUGCAACAGCCAUUUUUGAGAGAUGAAGGCUUCAAUGUUAAGUUUAGGAACGUUACCAGGUUGUUGGCAGAGUUGCUACAUUCAUAUUUUGAUAUGCCUGUUGCUGUUUAAAAUUUUAAAUAAAAACAUUGACAUACCUUUUAAA